CGGCCGCACGCAACCACGCUGCUCCGGGCGCCGGCCCGGGCCAUCCUAAGGAUGCGGCGUGGGCAAGGGAAGAGGAAGGCCGAGGCCACGGAGCUGCCACGCGUGUCUCGGAGGAGGAAGGAGGAAGAGGAUGCGUUCCAGGAGGCCCGGCGGAGAGCAGCCCCGUCUGUGCGAGAGUUCAAGUAUAACAAAAAGCGGGUUCGUCUCGUCUCGCAGGGCUCGGACCUGAAGGAUGAUGCUCGGUGCAUCCUUUACUGGAUGUCCCGGGACCAGCGGGUGCAAGAUAACUGGGCUUUCCUCUACGCCCAGCGUCUGGCCCUCAAACAGGAGCUGCCUCUGCACGUCUGCUUCUGCCUGGUACCCAAAUUCCUGGAUGCCACCAUCCGCCACUAUGACUUCAUGCUGAGGGGUCUGCAGGAGGUGGCCGAGGAGUGCGCAGAGCUGAACAUCCCCUUCCACUUGCUGCUGGGCUACGCCAAGGACGUGCUGCCCGCCUUCGUGGUGGAGCAUGGCGUGGGGGGGCUGGUGACAGACUUCUGCCCCCUCCGCCUGCCCCGGCAGUGGGUGGAGGCCGUAAGGGAGGGCUUGCCAGAGGAUGUGCCGUUUGCGCAGGUUGAUGCCCAUAAUAUUGUGCCCUGCUGGGUCGCCUCCCCCAAGCAGGAGUACAGCGCCAGGACCAUCCGGGGCAAGAUCCACACUCAGCUUCCUGAGUUCCUCACCGAGUUUCCUCCCGUCAUUCAUCACCCAUAUCCCCCUUCCUGCCCAGCAGAGCCCAUCGCUUGGGAGGCCUGUUAUUCCAGCUUGGAGGUGGACCACACCGUGAAGGAGGUGGAGUGGGCGACCCCCGGCACAGCUGCGGGGCUGGCUGUGCUGCAGUCCUUCAUCACAGAGCGGCUGGGAUCCUUUGGCUCCCACCGGAAUGACCCCAACAAGGCGGCACUCAGCAACCUGUCCCCGUGGUUCCACUUCGGCCAGGUUUCCACCCAGCGAGCCAUCCUGGAGGUGCAGAAGCUCAAGGGCAAGUACAAGGAGUCAGUGGAUGCGUUCGUGGAGGAGGCUGUGGUGCGGCGGGAGCUGGCUGAAAACUUCUGCUACUACAACGAGAACUACGACAGCGUGCAAGGUGCCUACGACUGGGCACAAACCACCCUGAAGCUCCAUGCCAAAGACAAGAGGCCUUUUCUCUACAAGCUGCAGGAGCUGGAGCAGGGAACCACGCAUGACCCGCUCUGGAAUGCUGCACAGCUCCAAAUGGUCCGGGAGGGCAAGAUGCACGGCUUCCUGCGGAUGUACUGGGCCAAGAAGAUCCUGGAGUGGACCCGCUCUCCCGAGGAGGCCCUGCGGUUUGCCAUCUACCUCAACGACCGCUACGAGCUGGACGGGAGGGACCCCAACGGAUACGUAGGCUGCCUGUGGUCCAUCUGCGGCAUACACGACCAGGGCUGGGCCGAGCGGGCCAUCUUUGGGAAGAUCCGCUACAUGAACUACGCCGGCUGCAAGCGCAAGUUCGAUGUGGGCCAGUUCGAGCGUCGCUACGCCCCCAAGGACGGGCACAGCACGGCUUGA